GUGAAGAGUUCUCUCAGUAGAAGACGGAGGGAGCAGGCGAAACACCUCACGUUGGUCAUUUGACACUAAUGGAUGACUCCAAUGCUUAGACCAAAGUCAAACAACUUUCAUUCCACUGUUUUGGCCGCUACUAUUUUCUUCCUUUGAUCCAUCAGUCGAUGCAAGUUUGUACUGUCUUCCGUAAAUUGUCAGGCCAGCAAUGGAGGACCGAGCGGACAGUCCAAUAGCUGUGAAGGUGGAAGGAAACUCUCGCAGCGUCGUGCUGACCUACUUUCAGGGGGACACUAACAGCAUGGUGGAUGCUCAUUUUGAUCGAGCACUUAGCAAAACCUCCAGGACUGAGGGGCCAGCAGGAAGGCCAAGGAAAGUCCUGAAAGCUGUUAAAAGCGAAGAUUUAACCACCUGUCAGGACGUUACUGCUCCUUCUUUCUCCGAGCCACAGGCCUUCUCCAAGGCAGGAUGCAUCAUGGCCCUGAGCCCCUCAGGGGGAAGUCACAGCUCCUGGCAGCCCUUCAAUGCCAGACCCGGAGAGGCUUCGGGGCUGUCGACCAUCAUGUGUCUGUCCUCAGAGGGGCUGAGUCUCACUGGACAGCAGUAUGCCACAUCCCUGCUCAACCUGCUGCACAGUGAUCGAGGGGAGAUGGGGCCCAGCGUGGCCUCCAGCUCCAAGCCAGAAACAUUACCGAGGUGGACAGCUCCUCCUAUGUUCAGAGAGUCUGUGGAUCCUUCUCCAAACUUUGAACAAGGCCGACAUGUGGACAAGAAGAACUUGUACUGGUACUGAGGAGAAAACUACCAGGGUAGCACCUAUCAUCCUAUCCAGUCUAUUUGGACUUUUUUUUUUAAUGUUUAUUUUUCUCCUAUGUGUCUCUUUGGAAUAUCAAGAAGAGGAGUGUUUCCAUUCCUACCCGAGUCUCCAUUCCUCAGAAUGACCUCAUUACCACAGAGUGCACCAACUAGAACAAAUGUGAAACAAGAGCAAUUGCUGACAAACCAGUUCUCCUUUUUGUCAGAGUGCAUUUGUUUGUUGCUCUUUCUGGAGCUGAAGUUAGAUAAAGGACAUUUUUUUCAUUGAUUUAACUAGAGUUAAUACUUAAGCGUUAAUUCUGAACAUUGUGGCCCUAGUGUGUUUGAAUUUUAUAAUAACUAAUUAGAAAUCUGUGCAAAAUUUAGCUGGAUGAAUUUCAUUUUCUGUGUUUACGAAAAAUAGUUCAGCCCAGAGGAAGGUGAUUAAAAAAACAUGUUUCUACUAAUAUAUGUGUAAGAAGGGGUGCCGGGAGAUAAUCAAGCAAUACUUUGUACUUUGUUACUGUCAAACAAGCUGAGCAUUUACAGUCAUGCAACAAAAAAAACCUACAAAUUAAACAACAGUGCCACCUAAGGGUAGUUGUUUGAAAUAGCACUCUGUUUGAUGCAUGUAGCCUUUUUUGGAAUUCCAAAAUGUAGUUUAGCUUGUACGUUUCGUGCUACAGACUUCAGCUAUAUCUGGAGUUAGUCCAUGUCUGCAUCUGCAGACCUAAAACAUUGACCUGCUCGUGAUUGUCUGUUUGGUGAAGACAUGGAUGGUUUCCAUCUACACUCCAGAAGGAAACAUUUUGUACAUCUUCAACUGUGUUUGUCAGAAGUUUUGCUUUCAAAUGAACUUGUUUUAUAAAAAGAUUUUAAUGUAGAAUUUAGAAUAGUUAUGAAGCAAUGAAAGUGUUUUCAAUAUUUCUAAUUAUUAACUUUGGAUCCACAAUGUGUUCAUGUUUGAGAUGCUGCAAGUUUCUUUUCUACUUUGACUUUCUUCAGCUUCAUCACAUCUGGUAUAUAAUACUUUGCUUUUUGACACUAUAUUCAGACAAAAAGUACCUAAUAAGAGAUCAAGUCUUUUGUCAUUCAUCCUAUAACUUACCGGUUUUAUUCAUUUUUAUAUGAAGGAAAAGUCAGUCAGAGGCUGCAGACAUGUUUGUUGAGUUUAUCUCUUUUGAGAGCUUACGACAUUGAGUGUAAAACAUUGUUCCAAGACCUGUUUCAUUAAUAAAAUUGUGAUUUUAAAUCAA